GUGCAUUUGAAGAAAGAGGGAUUUCGAAAUUUGUGACUAUAUAUUUGGCGACUGUCUUUCACAUGUCUUUACACUAACUUUUAAUAACACUUAGACCCUGAGAAUAUAGGUCAUCUAUAGUUAUCACAUAUUCUGUCACAUAAUAUUGCAAAAAGGAAAAAAGUCACCAAACCAGUUGGAUAUUGCUCGCUCGCUUUCGCCAGCCAGUUAGUUCUUCUCUUUCACUUACUCUCAGAAGUAUUUCAGCCAGCUUUUCCACCCGUGACUCAAACUGGGAGCCCGGCAUAUCAAGGUCCCGACCAGGAAGUGAAGCAGACGAUUCCGAUUUCACGCAACGUCGAGCACCACUGCGUCUUCAACCGAUUGUAUGAGCCAUGAACAAGGAACAUUCUGAGAUAGACAGAAAAAGAGUUACGAAAGAAGAAAUUUACAGAUAAGUUCAUCGAGCUGAGGUCUUCUGCACGGAAGAAGGGAGUGAGCGAUAAUCAGCUUCGAGCAGUACUGGCCGAUGGGUUCUCUCAAACUACUUGUCAGAAGACUUCGGCAGCUUACUGCAUGAUCACACCUGUCGUGCCCUCUCCAGCCCUGCUCGGUUCACUUCUGUUAUUGUUCUUCUAAGCGCGGUUGCUUUAGGGAUGCUGGCCAUUAGUUACGAGCUACUCCACGAUUACAUAAGUAGCACGCCCUGCGUGAUUGAUGCCAACUCGUUCAGCAAUAACAUCUUCCAAAAUAAGAUGGAUUGCGACAUCUGUCGAGAGCUCCGCAGUGUUCCAGAAGAGAGAAAUAUUUCCACGCAGAUCUUUUCUGAAAAAUACGCCUAUUCAGGUGUACCCGUGCUGAUCAAAGAUGCCGCCGUCAACUGGACUGCAAUGUCCACAUUUAGUUUUAAGUUCUUCAAGCAGCUGUACACAGAGACAGAAGGAUCUAUGGAAGCUGUGGAAGAUGAGUGCCAGUUCUUUGAGUACCAGACAGAAUUCUCGUCGCUAAAGCAGGUUUUUAACAUGUCAGAUGAAAGAGCUAGCUUUCAGCAAGGGGAGAAGCCAUGGUAUGUUGCAUGGAGCAAUUGCCACAAGGGUAUAGCUAAGACGCUGCGGUCCCACUAUCAGAAGCCUUAUUUUUUGCCGGAAGAUUCGGAAUCCAUACCGACUGACUGGAUUUUUCUGGGCGGCUCUGGACCUGGAGCUAACAUGCAUUUGGACGAGGUGCAACUGCCCUCCUGGCAGGCGCAGAUUUCAGGCCGAAAAUCGUGGCGCCUACUGCCGAGUCCCGAGUGUUACCACGUGUGCUCAGAGAUGAACGUCACAGUAGAAAAAGGCGACAUCCUUGUCCUGGACACAAAUAUGUGGUUCCAUUCCACUUUCGUUCAUCCCGGAGAGAUCAGCAUCGCUAUUGGCGCCGAGUACGACUAGCACCCGCUGAUGUCAACAAGCAGACGACACACGACUUCAGCUCGGGAAGCAUGCAAGAAGAUUUUUAAAAAGUUUUAGUUACCCUCACACUUUUAUAUUCUAAGUUAUAUGUAUUAAAGAAAAUCACGAGACAUAAGGAAAAGGUUAUUUUACCCUGUUUAGUUCUUUAAAAUAAAAGUGUGUUUCUAAAAACAAUUUUGGA